AUGAGUCUGCGGGACCAUGAUAUAGUGCUGUCUGAGGCUGCAGACGAGCCCGCAAUUGCCAAUCCCGCAUCACCGUCGCGCCGCAACCCCGUCGAAGACGCAGACUCUAGCUACACCCGCAAACGCCCCCGACUAGACAGCGGCAGCGACAGCCUUCGCGCCAUGUCCACCGAGCCUGACUCUUCGCACCAGGACCCCACAUCGCCCCGCGACAAGCAGGUAGAAAUGACGAUACGUCCGCACCCGCCCUUGUCACCUGCGCCCGCCGACGCCAUGCAUAGUGAUGGUAUCAGCGGCUCUUCCGAGGACGUGCAGUCCGCCCAGGACCAGUCUCCAAUUAUUAUAGCCUCCACAGAAGACGAAGAGAGCCCGCCCAUCAUGGUCAUUGAGGACGACGAUGACGAUGAGGAGUCGGCUGGGUUCUUGGUCCAGAUAGACGCAGAGGACUACUUCGAGCAGUUUCCCCACACUCGACACGGAAACUACCUCCAGGCAGUCCAGGCCCUCACGCAGCACAUCCAAGGAUCUGGUGCUAUCAACACCGAACUCUUCCCACGUCUGUCCCAAUGGCUCCUAGCCCUCCCCGACCCUUCGAACAACCUCCAGAACUUCUACGUGAACAAAGCCAUGUUCUGGGACGAGUUCGCAAACAUGGUGGCCAAGUUGUUGAACCGGAGGUACCAAUGGAUGACUGCUCUCAAUGCCGGUCAGGAUAAUGACACGAGCAGAUAUCCAUUUGGAGAACAUGCCGACGACGAUGUGCAGAUAAACGAGAUAUUCUGCGGCUUCCUAGGCGCCUACAUGAGAUUAUGUUCUCACCUCAUGCUGGUCGAUGUCCACCUGCUCUCCCGGUCUCCGCCCAACGAGAGCUACCCCCUACCCUUGUUCAGCCAGAAACAUAUGCGGCAUCUCCAUACCCUGUUCCGCACUGAGAAAGCCCCGGUGUUACACGUCUUGCACAAGGAAUACUCCGCCGAUGUGCGCGAGAUGAGCAAUCGUCUACACAAAUGUUUCCUCGAUGCGGAUGGCGCUCAGAACAUUCUUCGACUGGCUGAUGAAGCAUUCCAUAAAGUGCCACUAAAUACCCAGACUUUGAUAGCUUCCUGGGCAUCCCAGAUUCUCAGCUCGUUAGGCUGGGCCAUCUAUGAGCUUCCAAACGCGGACCAUCUUAUCAGUCGUUCCGAGUACUGCCAUGGUGCCCUAUUAUUCUUUCGCAAGUACAGUGAGGAUCUGGAGAACCCAAGCACGGUUGGCGAUGCUGGCGUUGCUAGAGACCUCAUACAAAACUUCUCUGUUCUACUUCUUGAGCUUUGUCAGUGGAGCGACGAGAUUGCUGCCGAGCUAGUCGGCGAGUUCUUGGAUUUCAGCGAACCGAAUUCUCCCACAACCCCAUCUAUGCAAAACACGACCAUCACUGAUCAUGGCGACUACCGGCAGGAUCCUACAGCCUUCCCUGCUCUGGUUACCAGCGCGUGGAAGUUCAAACUUCUCCGCAGAUACCUCGUCAAAGGUCGAAUGGAGCUGCGAGUAAUGAGCAUUGCGUACAUGGAUGCCGCCCUGAUCGAAAUUUUCCGAGAGUACAACAUCAUCGAACCGGCCGGAAAUCAUACUGUCAUGCAGUAUCUUGCCGAGUUCCUUCUUCACGGGCGCGUGGUGGAUUACAUCAUUAGUGUUGAUUCGCAUCCACAACUCAUCUCCCGGAGUGCGAACAUCGUCGGAUUCCUUGUGGUCACCCAUCGUUGGACCGACAGCCAAGCUGACGAUAUCUGGAAAACGGUUUCCAACAGCCCUGAUCCUCGGGUAGUAACUGCAAUGAUGGUCAUGCUUCGAGGCAUUAUUGGCCUCAUGCAUCCUCCUGACCACCUUUAUCUCUGUCAGAAGCUCCACGAUCUACCCAUCGAAAACUAUACGAUGGACAUCUUACGAUUUUUACGAGAGGUGACCGUCAAACUUGUCGACAAGUUCCCCCCGAUCGACUACGAUGUUAGAGGACCUAGUGCACGCCCCUGGAACGUUUGUAUUCAGAUACUCCGAGAAACAGCGCCAAGCCGAGACGCAAACAAACAUCUGCUGGAUCUACAUGCUGAGGCCGACGAACAACUCCGCUUACUGGCUACCGUCGUGCCCCGGUUGGAGCGACAGGCCAUCUAUCGUGAGUGUGCACAGCAUAUUACCAACCAAUCGCCGCAAGCGACUGGCAGUGUGCGGGUUAUCCUCAUUCUUGCGUCGCCGCCAACCCAGGGCGACAGUCUGUUUUUCCAGAACAUCCCCAAUCUGACGCGGCAAGUUCUCGAAGAGAUACCAUCCUUCGUCAAGAAGGAGCGUGAAAAUGGCUACCACUCUCACCAAAUGCAGGCUCUGCGAUACCGACUGGAAGUUCUUGCACUACUAAUCAGUCGAGCUGAAAAAGGCAUCCCAACCGACAUCUAUCCGGAUAUUUGGGAUCACAUCGUUGGCAAGCAUGCGUUGUCGGACAAUGCCCGAGACCUAGCUUGGACGCAUCUCCUCCACACGAUCAAAACCUUUCCAGACAACAAGUUCUGCAAGCAGCUGGUGUUCUCGUAUGUGUCCAAAAUGGACCCAAAGUUUUACACUCCGGCCAUGUUCGAAUUUGUUGCUAGUUACCGUUUCCCCACCAUAAGACAGACGGUUUCGACAGAAACUGGAGAUGUCUCCCUCCUGCAAAUUCCUGGCGCGGAUCUGUUAUGGUCGAUCAUGUUGUCCGCUCCCCAAGGCACGAUCGAAGACCGUGCUGCUUGUCUUCUUGCUGCUCGCUACGUGGCAAUGUGCGAAAGCGAAGACUUCAACUUACAGGAAGUCGAAGACGCUCACAUCACUCUUGUGGAAAAAUGUAUGCAGGAGCUCAGAACUGCCUCUCUAGCGUUGCGCGAGAAAUCAUCAGAAGAGCCAACUUCAGCAGAUAUGGAUCCCACCAUUUCUGGGAAUACGAUCGAGCAGAGCCAGGACCGUUUCCGUAGAAUACUUGUCUUCCAGCAGCAAUUGCUGGAGUUCGUUCGACAAAGGCCUGAAUUCAAUCGCACACGAGCAGAUUCUAAAGUCGAGGCUAUGGAGACCGAUAUCCCAUUUGGAGAUGCCAUCACAAUCAAGUAUCAAUGUGGCAACGACAGACAGUCGGUAUCCAUGGCAUCAGAACAUACACUGGAGGACCUGCAUCGGAGACUGUGCCAUGCAACGGGAUUUACCAAGAUCAACCUUUUCGCUAACGGCCAACGGUUGAACGUCAGCGAAAAGGCACGUCAGAAGAUCUCCGAUACCAAUUUGGGCGGGCAGUUGCUUGUACAGAGGGCAGAAGGAGCUGAAGUCACUCGUUCCAUGCCAGAGUCAAUCGCAGGAUCUUCGGCUUUCGAACUGAACGUGGUGAGACAUUUUGAUGAGCUGUUUGCUUGGAUGGAUUCAGAUGACACCACGAGUCGACUGCUUUUCGACUUCCUCAGUCUCUUCCCAGCCCGUAUAACGUUAGCAGACAGCGUCACGACAGGUGAAGCAUCUCCCGACCAGUUGUUUCCACCCGGGAGGUUUUUCCAGGCCAAAUACUCUGCGCAUGCUCUUCAGUCGAAGUUAAGGGAACAACUGCGUAAUUCUGCAUUGAAUGAGAACUUCUUGGCCAAUGCUGUUAAGCUCCUCGAUAGGGCUCUGCUGAACCGAGAACUGAUCAGUGAUUCACUCUCUGAACCUCAGGAACUUCAGCUGGCGGCUGUGUUCGUAAACGUUCUCUUGGAGUUUUUGAGAGAGCGCCUAUCUUCCGACGUUUCAUCUAACUACUUCUCUGACGGAACGUUGCUUGCGAAUCGACUCAUGACGAUACUAUCGGUCGCACUUCAAGCAGAUGAUGGCGCUAUUAUCGUGGAAAACUCUUACGCUACGAUUAUGGAGGCGUCACUGCAUUCCCAUGCUGUCUGGAAGGCAUUUAUCAGCAACCCCGACACGCCUCGUAUUCACCGAAUGCUUCUUUUGGUCGAUCCACGACAAUCUAUUCGAGAACACGUCGGACAGAAAAUAGCUUCUAUCUGCGGCGGCGACCUUCCGUCAACAUGCCCCGUCGACAAGGCAGAGAUAGCUGCACGCUUUUGGGAUAUCAUUGCAGAUAUUCUCCCUGAUGCAGUCCACUACUCUCAACAAUCGGUGCAGUUGUUCGACAUUGCAGAGCACGUUUUCCGGACCAGUGACGAAUACAAGCGCGACGAGGAAUCACUACGAUCGUUUCUGACGCAAUGGAGCAAUCUGCUCUUGGGCUAUGAACAUCAAGAGUUCGCGGGCCGUGAACAGAUUGAUUACGUUGUCUUUGGCUUCACUAAGCUCCUACUGUGCUGCAUUUUCUCCCUCAAGUCUUUCAAGAAGCCUUUCGACGCUAGCACGUUGAUGACCAAAAUCUUCAGAAAGUACAUUUUCGUGAAAAGUGCUCGGCCUACGGAUAUCGAGGCAGAAGAAUGCGCCGCGGAGCCCAUGGCCCUUCCUAUUUUGGAAGGUCAUACAAGGAAGGAACUUUACGACCUCAUGAUCUCUCUGGCCGACGACAGCAACACUUACAACUCUCUCCUUCAGUUGACUAAGGAAGUCGAAUCUGAGAAUAGCACCCCAGUAUUAGCGACCCUUUCCGUUGACCGUUUACUGGAGAUCCGCUCUUCCACAGGAUAUGUUGGCCUAUACAACCCUCGAAAUAUCUGCUACAUGAACUCGUUGUUAACACAACUGUUCAUGAAUGUAAACUUUCGGCGAUUCAUACUAGGGCUGGAGAUUAAAGCUGGCGAUACCUCACGGCAACUCUUGUUUGAGACACAACGACUUUUCGCAGAGAUGCAGAAUUCAUUGCGCAAAUCGACUGAUCCACGUCGGUUUGCAGCUUGCGUAAGUAGCCUGGACAAAACACCUAUUGAUAUCACGGUUCAGAUGGACGCCGACGAGUUUUACAACUUGCUCUUCGAUCAAUGGGAAGCUCAAUUGACCAGCCCGGAACACAAACAGAAGUUUCGCUCUUUCUACGGCGGAGAAACGCUCAACCAAGUCCGCUCAAAAGAGUGCAAACACGUCUCUGAGCGCACGGAGCCUUUCUUCGCUGUACCAUGCGAUGUUCAGGGCAAAGAUAAUCUCCAGGAGAGCCUUCAGUCGUUCGUGGACGGCGAUGCCAUGGAGGGAGACAACAAAUACAAGUGCGAGGCGUGCGGCGGCAAAUUCGUGGACGCUGUGAGGCGAACAUGCCUCAACGACGUGCCGGAUAACAUGAUCUUCCAUCUCAAGCGUUUCGAAUUCGAUCUGAACGACUUCAGUCGGAGGAAGAUUCAUGAUCAUUUCGCAUUUCCAAACUCCAUUGAUAUGAGCCCGUACAACGCCAAAUAUGUCGAUGAUCCUGCCAAAUCGCGCAAAGAAGACAUGUUUGAUCUCGUCGGUGUCAUCGUACACAUGGGUACGUGUGAGAACGGACAUUAUUACUCGUAUAUCCGCGAGCGGCCCUGUCCAACCGAAAGCGACCCAGCAUCAACCUGGAUGGAAUUCAACGACCGCGAAGUAAGUCUGUUCGACGCAGCAGAGAUUCCUCAGCGUACUUUUGGAGGUACAUGCGAGGAUGGAUACAACCGACAAACCAAGAACUUCUCUGCGUACAUGCUAUUCUAUCAACGUAGGGCUGCUAUCGACGAUGAUCAGCGCCAAUGGGCCACCUCUUCGCGUGGUCAAUCCCCUAAGGUUCCAGUUCCACAAUCGCUCCAGGAAGACAUCGACGUUAACAACGAGCAUUUCAUCCGGGAGUACUGCUUGUUCGAUCCGAAUUACUCGAGAUUCACGCGACAGUUGAACGCUACAUCACGCAUGGUCAACCAUGGGACCUGCUCAGAAGACCAUACACAAGAGAGCCUCGCACUGCAAAUCUUACUAGCACAUGUCAGCCGGAUUGUUUGGCGCCAUCAGACACCUGAUAUUUUCAUGGAGACUUUGCCCCAGCUUCGCAAAUCCAUGCUAUCAUGUCCAAUGUGUUGCAACAUCGCAUUGAAGUGGCUAGCUCUCGACGAAAAUGCCCUUAUGAAUUUACUUUUGCGGUGCAUUCACCCCAAGAUACGGUCACAAACGCGCACUCUCCUGAUCGACAGUCUCAAGUUCUUCCGUGAGAAAGAACCGACCCUGUAUGGUUUGGAAGGCACUGAAAAUGACAUGGAACUGGACUCUCCAGCCUCAAUGGAAGGACUACUAGCACGUGUGGUCCGGCAGCUGCGUACCCUUGUGACGGACUCUUACAAGAGCACUCGAGGCUGGGACGACCUUUACCUGACCCUGAUUCAACUGGCCGAAAUGGGCAAUGUGGAAACGGCCGUAUUGCUGAACAACAACAUGCUGGAAUUCUGCCUUCGACUUUUUGUCAUGCACGCAUAUCCAAAACUCCAGCAAGAUGCCCCUGAACUUGCAAGAGCCAUGGAAAGGAAGCGGGGCGUGUUCAACAGGAUGAUCGGAUUCAUAUAUGCACUCCUCUCUCGCAUGGACAUACGUCUGCCGGCCGUUGUCGAGUCUCAGAACAUGGAUCGACUGUCCACAUACGAUCGAGAGUACCAAAAGUUCCCACUUACUCGUGUAGAGAAGCAGAUGAUCCUUUACUGGUCGCAAGACUUGAAGGCUCUUGCUGUUUUGGACAAGAUGGUUGAAUCGUUUGAUCGAACCAAGACGGAGAAUUUCUAUCCUGGGGACGUUUUGAAAUGGAUCCUCCAAUCGCCUGAUCGAACUAUCCAGAUGCACAUAUACAAUACGGUAUCUGAAGGCAUCUCUCAGCUCGAUCCUCCGUAUUGCGAUGCUUACGUACGGGCAGCUUUGCCAUUCUGCGAAGCUUGUCCAGUGCCCGACUAUGUCCUGAGAGUCAUUACCGCCGUGUCCAAGGCGCCUCUCCGGGCUGAAGACGAACGUGCACCUAGCGGCGAAGUUGUGCUUCAGUUCUUGAGCGGGCUUUUGACGACGACAAAUGAGGACGUUUUCGAACUGAAAGAUCCUUACAUCUUUCACAAGUACGUCAUGCUCAAGAGCCGUGACUUCGCCAUACCGCUACUCCUCAACGGCCAAGAACUCAUUCGAAGAGCGACCCAGAACUUCCUGUACGAGCUUUUCAAUUUGGAAGAGGACGCUCCUUCGAAACUCCAUGUUCACAAGUACCAAGUAAUCCGUAACUUCGCCACAGAGUUGAUGGUGAAGAUCGCUUACGAACAGGAAGCUGGGAUGCUCCGUUCGUACUUGAAUCCGAUGAUUGAGUCUUGCCGGUCGCUUUGCCAACAGUUAUACAACUUAAUCAACACUGAGGAUGUUGAGCAAGAGCAGUAUAAAGACGAGAAUGACUCCGCACUGAUCAUCCAGUGGCAGACGGAGAUUGAGCCUCGACUUCGACAGUGGCCAGAUGAGGGUACACCUCUGUCAGCGGGGGAAGCUUUUGAGCAGUCAGAUUAUGGUAGUGAGUCAGACGAUGACCACAAUCACCUUGAUCUUUGA